CCGCUGAUGCGUUGAAAGCAACAAGUCCUGGCACCCCCUGUGCAUGCGCUAGGAUCUCAAGAAUAGUGUCCUCAAGAAGUUCUGGCUUCCAGUGCCAUGUUACUGGGUUUCGAGAUGGUGAUUCCUUGCAGAUUUAUAAAGACAACUUUACUAGUGCCUUCCUAGUACAUCAUUGUGGAAUUAAUGCAGAUCUGUGUUUGUCCUCCAGAUCAUCCUUUAAGUGCAUCAGCUCCAGCGGUAACUGGCGCAUGUGCAGUGAAGUAAGGUGUUCUGGCCUUGGCUUCAUCUGCAUUCUGCGCAUACACUAAUUGCUGCUGGAGCAUGCUGGAAAGAGGUAGGGGUACUACUUUAUAACUUCAUAACCACCUCAUUGUAAUGCGACUACCAUUCAGUAUGGCACCAUAGCGGUGGUAUACUCAAUACUCAGGUUUUGUUUCUAUCUCCCGUUCUGAGCUGUGGUCAUAUGACCAUGUCCAUGCAGCUCUUUCUUAUUUCCUGUGAUGUUAUGUCCAUGGGCAGUAAUAGGGGAGUGUCUGUGUAACUAGCUGGUAGUAGGAGCUAUAAAGUAGCUGGGGCGGCACUGGAGCUGUGGCAGAGGAGGGAGAAGUGUAGCAUGGGUUUGGUUGGAUGCAGCAACAGGAAGUGCUACAUACAGAAUUGGUUUACAUGGUGAAAACGAGUCAGGAGUCCAAAUUGGAAAAAGAACAGUAUGGAAAGAUGUACAUGAGAUACUUUGGGACAAUCUAAGGAUGGCAGAAAAAACAUUUGAGAAAUGUAAAUCUCCCUGCAUUUAUGAGGAGCUGGCAGGAGAGUUUAAGGUGGUCAGUGUACGGGAAGUUGGCAAAGAUGUUGUUCUGAGCUUAUCCAUCAGAAGCCUGACAACCAAGCCAAAGCAAGUUAAUGUUGACAUCAAGGCAAGUUCUGUCCUGUACACCAAGAAGGAAAUACAUGAACUCCUCAAAGAAUCCAAGACAAUUUGUGUGCCAGGCUGUGAAGGGACAGAAGUGCCGGUGGUCAUACCCUACACUAUGUACGAAGAUUUAUUGACUGCCGAUAACUCAAUCGAGGUGACAGCCGUAUGCUCCUGUGAACCAUAUGAUGGACUACUGAUUAUCGAAACAAAUGUUGUCCUGAGUAACCCUAAAUUUGAAAUAAAGCUAAAUAAAAAAGUCAGUGUGAACAAACCGGUAGAAGUGGACAUCGUCUUCACCAACCCCUUUAACAAAGAAGUCUCUAAUAUUGUGGUGACAGCAGAAGGCAGCGGACUGCUCAAAUAUCCUGUUUCAAUGAAUGUGAACUCAGUGAAGCCGAAUGAGACUGUUACUAUUCCCAUAAUUAUAAAGCCAUACAAGGCUGGCCUCAAGCAUCUGCUGGUGGAUUUCACAACUAACAAGUUCCCGAAUGCCAAAGGAUAUCUGGAGAUUGAAGUUCACGAGGCCACAUAAUUUAUUUAUAACAACUACAUGUCGAAAACUGCACAUUCAUUUAUAAUUUAAGCCUGUAUUUCAGUGGGCUUCCGCACAUUAUGUAGGACGCCAUCACUUCCCAUUCAAGUAAAGCUUGAUGCGUCUUAUUCUUGUACGCUUGUGUUCCUUGACAGCAGGACAAUUCCCAAGACGCUGUUUUCGCUUUUUUCGC